GCCGGGCCGGUCCCCGGGCAGCGCCAUGUCGCCGUGGUGGUGCGCGCUGCGCGCGGCGCUGCGGGUCUACGUGGCGGGCGCGCUGGUGGCGCUGGCGCAGCUGCUGCGCCGCUGCUUCGGGGGCUUCUCCGAGCCAGCAGGUGCACGCGAGUGAGCCGCCCGUGGGGGGGGCGCCCCCCUCCUCCUCCUCUUCCUCCUCCUCCUCCUCGUCCUCCUCUCCUCCCCGGCCGGGCAAGGGGGCGCAGCCAUGGAGACCAAGGCCGAGGGCUGCGCGAGCGACCUGAAGCUGGUGGCCCACCCGCGCGCCAAGAGCAAAGUGUGGAAGUACUUCGGGUUCGACACCAACGCCGAGGGCUGCAUCCUGCAGUGGAAGAAGAUUUACUGCCGCAUCUGCAUGGCGCAGAUCGCCUACUCGGGGAACACGUCCAACCUCUCCUACCACCUGGAGAAGAACCACCCCGAGGAGUUCUGCGAGUUCGUCAAGAGCAACACGGAGCAGAUGCGCGAAGCCUUCGCCUCCGCCUUCUCCAAGCUCAAGCCCGACGCCACCUCCCAGCAGGGCGCGGCGGAGCCCCUGGGCGCGGCCACGUGCGCCCCUGCCGCCGCCGCCGCCGCCUCCUCCUCUACCUCCUCCUCCUCCGCGUGUUCCUCCUCCUCCUCCUCCUCCUCCGCGUGCGCCCCAGGCACGGCUUCCUCCGCCUCCUCCGGGGGUAACGGCGGCAGCGGCGGUGCCAAGGCGGGCCUGGACAGCAAGCGCCAGCAGGAGCUGACCGCCGCCGUGCUGGGCCUCAUCUGCGAGGGCCUCUACCCGCCGUCCAUCGUGGACGAGGCCACGUUCCGGGCGCUGCUGCGGACGGCCGAGCCGCGCUACGAGCUGCCCAGCCGCAAGUUCUUCUGCAGCCGGGCGCUGCCCGAGCAGUACGCGGCGGUGCGCGCGCGGGUGCUGCGGGAGCUGGCGGCCGCGCCCUGGUGCGCCCUGUCCGCCGACCUGUGGGCCAGCCCCAGCCAGAACCGCACCUACGUCACGCUCGCGGCGCACUUCCUCCGCGCCGCCCCCUCGGCGCUCGCGCUGGGCUCGCGCUGCCUCAAGACCUUCGAGGUGCCCGAGGACAACACGGCGGAGACGGUGACGCGCGUGCUCUACGAGGCCUUCAUCGAGUGGGGCAUCGGCUCCAAGGUCUUCGGGGCCACCACGGACGGCCGCAAGGACCUGGUGAAGGCGUGCGCGCUGCUGGACAUCGGCGUGCACAUGCCAUGCCUGGGCCAGGCCUUCCAGGCGGGCAUCCAGCAGGCCUUCCGCCUGCCGCAGCUGGCCGGGCUGCUGGCGCGCUGCCGCCGGCUGGUGGAGUACUUCCAGCGCUCGUCCGUGGCCGCCUACCUGCUCUUCGAGAAGCAGAAGCAGCAGCAGCUGGCGCCGCGCAUGCUGGCCAGCAACCGCGCGGCCGGCUGGGGCAGCACCCUGGCCAUGCUGCAGCGGCUGCUGGAGCACCAGUUCGCCGUGGCCGCCGUGCUCCUGGAGGACUCCAACAGCCAUCACCUGAUGCUGGAGGCGGCCGAGUGGGCCACCAUCGAGGCGCUGGUGGAGCUGCUGCGGCCCUUCGAGCAGGUGGCCGAGCUGCUGGCGGCCUCGGGGUACCCCACCAUCAGCAUGGUGAAGCCGCUGCUCCACAUGCUCCUCAGCAGCACGCUCGGCGCCAAGGACACGGACGCCAAGGAGAUCAGCAUGGCCAAGGAGGUCAUCGCCAAGGAGCUGGCGGCCACCUACCAGCAGACGCCGGAGAUCGACAUGUUCCUCAACGUCGCCACCUUCCUGGACCCGCGCUACAAGCGCCUGCCCUUCCUGUCCGCCUUCGAGCGGCAGCAGGUGGAGAACCGCGUGGUGGAGGAGGCCAAGGCGCUCCUGGAGCAGCUCAAGGACGCGUCCUCCCCCUACGCGGGCGACAAAACGUACCCCGCGGGGGCCCCCGAGGACGCGCCCCCGCCCGCCAAGAAGCGCGCGCUGGACGGCAGCGCCGCCGCCGCCGCCGGUGCCGCGGCGCCCGGCAGCCUCAUCAACAACAUGCUGGCCGAGAUCUUCUGCCCCACGGGCGGCGUGGAGGACGACGAGGAGUGCCACGCGCAGGUGCUGGAGGAGCUAAGCAACUUCAAGUCGCAGAAGGUGCUGGCGCUGGGCGAGGACCCGCUCAAGUGGUGGUGCGACCGCCUGGCGCUCUUCCCGCUGCUGCCCAAGGUCCUGCAGAAGUACUGGUGCGUGGCGGCCACGCGCGUGCCCCCGCGCCGCCUCUUCGGCUCCUCGGCCACCGUGCUGGGCGCCAAGCGCAACCGCCUGGCGCCGGCGCACGUGCACCAGCAGGUGUUCCUCUACGAGAACGCGCGCGCGCCCGACGCCGAGCCCGAGGACGAGGACGAGGGCGAGUGGGGGCUGGACCCCGAGCAGGGCUUGGCCCUGGGCGACCCGGCGCACGGCAGCUUUUUGGGCAUCCGCGAUGGUGGAGGAGGAGGAGGAGGCGGCGGAGGCGCCUUCCUCUGACCUGCCCACGCGCGCACGCUAGAGCGCGCAGCCUCCCGUGCGCUUGGCUGCGUGAAAAUCGCGGAUGCGGCGAAAGUGGCCGCUGUGCAUCCAGGCACGCGUGGACGGGGACCGCCCAGGCCACCGAUGCGCCCGGCUCGGGCGCGCUUGUGCGCCGCGAUGGCCCCAGCCAGACCACCCCGCUGAUGGCAAGCUUUGUUGCAAAUGCGGAUGCGCGCGCGUGUGCGCUCACGGAGGUGCCCGGACUGGCACCUCGCAGGCGCCAGCACGGCAGCCAGUCUCCUGUGCCCUCGUGCGCGCACAGAGGCACCGCGGGGCUGCGUCGCGGGAGCCGAGGGAGGCUGCCGUCUAUCCAGAUGCCGCGGAUGCAGGGCCGCGCGGAAGGCCCAGAGGGCGCGCAGGGAGACUCGAGGGGCGGGCCGAGCUCUGCAGGGCGACCUGAACAUCUGGAAAAUUCUGAGAGGGAGCGAGAGAGAGAGAGAGAGAGAGAGAGAGAGAGAGAGAGAGAGAGAGAGAGAGUGUUCAAGGCUGCACGAGUGUGUAUGCUUGACAGAGUUUGUGUGUGUGUUAAAAAAAGUAUAUAUGUGUGUAUGAGAAAGUGCACGCAUGAGUGAAUGGAAGUGUGCGCAUAUGUGCCAGAGUGUGUGUGUGUGUGUGUGUGUGAGUGUUUGUGUGCAUGAAGAGAGUAUGUGUGAGAGUGUGUAUGAGAGUCUGCAGGAAUGUGUGAGAGUGUGUGUGUGAGCGUAUGUGUGUGUGUGUGUGCACGCGAGGGCAUGUGUCUGUGUGCACGAGAGAGAGAGAGAGCGCGUGUGCAUUGCUCUGCUCCACUCCGGUGAGGUCCAGGCCUGGACGGUCCAGCCGUGCAACGCACCCCCCACCCUUUCACUCGAGCCCCCUUACCCACCCAUGGGCCCCCCAGCCCCCCCCCAGCUGCCAUUCUCAUUUCCCCCUUGUUCUUUUUUUUUUUUUAACCCCACGUUCCGACGCGUGCUGUACUCCCCUUAUUUAACACGGCUCAAUAAAGCAUACGGUGAACCGA